AUGGGCAGUAUUGGCUACGGCAUAGCUCAGCGUGCCAAGGCUUUUAGAAUGAGAAUUCUUUACCAUAACAAGAACAGAAGGGCUGUGGAGGAGGAAGAAUUGGCCGUGGGUGCUGAGUACUGCAGUAAUAUGGCCGAAUUGCUCCAGCAAAGUGAUUUUGUGAUGGUGGCUGUCACUUUAACUCCAGAAACCCACAAUUUGAUCGGACGGAAACAGCUUCAGCUGAUGAAGCCCACAGCUACUCUUAUUAACAUUAGCCGAGGCCAAGUAAUAGACCAGGAUGCACUGGUAGAUGCCCUAAAACGUGGAAUUAUUAAGGCUGCAGCUCUAGAUGUCACAUAUCCAGAACCCCUACCAAGGUGAGGUCACUAGAACACCUAAUUUUAUUUUACAGGUGUCUGGCUCUGACUUUAUUUUACCACUGCUACAAAUAAGCUAGCUACUGUAUAUGAGAAUAGUGGUAUUAUUUAGAAAUGAUUAAACAUCAAGAAAAUAAUGGUUUUG